AUGGCGAAAAGUGUGCUUUUGAUUUGUUUCUUGGGUCUGGUGUUUGCUUUUGCAGCUGCUGAUAAUAGCCCUUUCCAGGAUUUCUGUGUCGCUGAAGCUGGCAGUUCAGUUCUCGUGAAUGGCCAAGCAUGCAAGGACCCCGCAACAGUUCAGGCAAAUAACUUCUCCUUCAGUGGGCUCCAUCUUCCAGGCAACACAUCAAACCCUGUUGGCUCCAAGGUCACCCCGGUGACCGUGGCCCAGUUCCCAGGGCUCAACACUCUCGGAAUCUCCAUGGCGCGCAUCGACAUCGCACCAUGGGGAAUCAACCCACCCCACACUCACCCACGAGCCAGCGAGAUUUUGCUAGUCUUGGAAGGAACCCUCGAAGUAGGGUUCAUCACUUCCAACCCCGACAACCGCCUCAUUUCCAAGAUCUUGCAAAAGGGUGAUGUGUUUGUCUUCCCUCAAGGCCUUAUCCAUUACCAGAGAAAUACUGGUUUUGGGAAUGCAGUUGCCAUUGCAGCUCUUGGUAGCGAAAACCCUGGUGUCAUUACAAUCGCUAAUGUCGUGUUUGGGUCGAUGCCUGAUAUUUCUGUAGACAUUCUUGCCAAGGCAUUCAAAGUUGAUAAAACUGUUGUUGGCCAAAUUCAGUCAAAAUUUUAG